AUGGAUUACUUUUCUUGUGGCACAAACGACCUCCGGGGCGAUUCACAAGCUGCCGAUCGGCCACUUGGCCAGUUGGCUUUGGACCCCCAAGCCUCGUGGUUCGACUUCAGCGGCCUUCAUUCUCAGAACGACGUGCUAUUUCCUGAUAACCGCAAUUUGUCGGUAUAUGAUUCGCCCUUCCAGUACGGGAAGUCUACUAACGAUGACACAAAAUGGUUGUUGAAUAACAUAUCGUCUCGCCUAGACGCCCUGGAGCUUGCCGUUUCGACGGGAAACAUGCGAGUUGGGUACGUGCAAGACGGGAUCAGUGAGGUACUCAAGCGAUCACAAACCGCUGAAGACAUGAUGAGGGAGCUGCACAGCCUCAAGACGAGCCUGAAGGAGCUUAUGAAGUCGUUUGUACUCCUUUCCCUUGGGGGUGAAGGUGUCGAAGAUAUUGAUAUGCAAUCAUCUCGCGCGGGGUAG